GAUCUUAGAGCGAUUGAAAGUUAACAUGUGGUCUUGCCGUGGGAGUAAAAUUGCUGUAGGCAUUGCUGCUCUCCUGAUUUUGAUACCAUACUCAGGAGCAUUGCCCAAAUGUGAUCGCAAUGAUGAGGACUGUAGGGAUCGUUUAAUGCAUCCUGAAACGCCGGAACCAAGGGAGACCAUAAAACCCGUUUUGGAGGGUGAGGAAUCAAAUGAGUAUUGGAUUAACAUAGGCAAGGAUUUCAUAGCGAAAAAAUUGGCAACACCUUUCAAUGAGAAAAAGGCCAAGAAUGUGAUUAUGUUCUUGGGUGAUGGUAUGGGUUUGACCACUGUAGCUGCGGCGCGCAAUUUAUUGGGUGGCGAGGAGAAGCAACUGUCCUUCAACGACUUCCCCUAUACCGGUUUGUCCAAGACCUAUUCGGUGGAUAAAAUUGUAUCGGAUUCAGCAUGCACUGCUACAGCCUAUUUGUGUGGAGUCAAGGCCCAGGAGGGCACCAUAGGGCUUAACGGUGAUGUGGAAUAUGGCAGCUGCGAGAAGGGUAAGGAUCGCAAUACUUGGGUGUACUCCAUAGGCAAAUGGGCCCAAGAUGCUGGCAAAAGCACUGGUGUUGUGACCACCACUCGCAUAACUCAUGCCUCGCCCUCGGGUGUAUAUGCCCAUAUAGCCCAUCGUGAUUGGGAAAAUGAUGAGGAAAUCACCGAGGCCUGUGGCUCUGACUCUGGCCUAGAGGAUAUAGCCUAUCAACUUAUCAAUGGUGAGGUGGGUAGUAAAUUGGAUUUUGUUAUGGGUGGUGGCAAGAAACAUUUCAUCGAUUCCCAAUUGUAUGAGAAUGGCAAACGUGGCGAUGGCCUUGAUUUGAUACAACAAUUCAAAGACCAAGAAGGUUCCCGCAAUCUCUAUGUGGAGACUCGUGACGAGCUUAUGUCGGCCAAUUUGGCAAACUUUGAUCGUGUGUUUGGCCUAUAUCAGGAUGAUCAUAUGCUGUACCAUUUGGAAACCAACGAGUCCACCAAUCAACCCACUUUGGAAGAAAUGACACGCAAGGCCAUCGAAUUUUUGUCACGCAAUGAUGAAGGCUAUUUUAUAUUCAUUGAGGGUGGACGCAUUGAUUUGGCCCAUCAUCAGAAUUAUGCCCGCAUGGCCUUGGAUGAGACUGUGGAAUUUUCCAAAGCCAUAACCGCCGCCAAGGAGAUGACCAAUGAGGAGGAUACUCUAAUAGUGGUGACUGCGGAUCAUUCGCAUGCCUUUAGCUACAACGGAUAUCCGUAUCGCCACAGCGACAUCUUUGGCACUGCCCCGGCCAAUGGCAAUGACGGUAAACCCUCAAUGAGUGUUAGUUAUGCCAGUGGACCCAGUUAUGAGCGCUUCUUCAAUGUCGAGAAAGCAGAACGUGAGGACCCCACCUCCUUCAUCACCGGAGAUCGUUAUGAUCGUUUCCCCGCUGCUUGGCCUUUGGAGGAUGAAACCCAUGGCGGUGAAGAUGUGGGUGUAUAUGCUUCUGGUCCUUGGGCUCAUCUCUUUACAGGGGUAUAUGAGCAAAACACCAUCCCCCACCUGAUGGGCUAUGCCUCCUGUUUGGGAAGUGGCUUGCAAAUGUGCAAUCAAAAGAAAUAAUUGAAGUUAAGUUGCGAGUGGUAAUUUAAGUUGAAAGAAGCAGUAUUAAAAUACUUUAAAUUGAUUAUAAA